UUCAUAAAUACCGAGGUGCCGUUGGACACGGAUAGUUAAAUUACCAGAGCAGCAGGUUUAGGCAUACAGAAGUAUUUAAACAUUAGGUGACUUUAACAUGUAUUCACACAAUAUUGGUGGGCCGUGUAGAGGAAGAUCUUUUGAUUCUAUGUACCUGUGUUUUGAAGAAACGCGCCAAAACAAUGAGGUUGAAGAGAACAAAGACAACAGGAAUGUAUCCUCAGAAAACGGACACGCAACACUUGCAUUAUCCCUGAAGAAUGAAGCUGGGGGCUUGCUGAAGACGCUGAAGCUUUUCCAGGAAAAGCAGGUAAAUUUAUUCCAGAUCUCAUCCAGAAAAUCGAAGAGACGUAACUCUCAGGUUGAGAUCGUUUUGGACUUCCACAGCAACCAUGAGCAGUUAAACGAGAUUGUCCAUUUGCUGCAAAAUCAGAUGAACAUAGUGGACGUGGACUCGCCUAACAAAUCCUGUUUUCUUGAAGAAGAUGUUCCCUGGUUCCCUAAAAAGAUCUCGGACCUGGAUAAGUGUUCCACCCAUGUGCUAAUGUACGGUUCAGAUUUGGAUGCUGACCACCCGGGCUUCAAGGACAAUGUCUACCGCGAGAGGAGGAAGCACUUCGCUGAUAUAGCCAUGAGCUACAAACACGGGGACCCCAUCCCUCGUGUCCAGUUCACUCGGGAGGAGGUGAAGACGUGGGGCGUGGUCUUCCGGGAGCUCACCCAGCUGUACCCCGCCUACGCCUGCCGGGAGCACGUGCGAAACCUGCCGCUGCUGUCUCAGCACUGCGGCUUUCGCGAGGACAACAUCCCGCAGCUGGAGGACGUCUCCCGCUUCCUCUGGGAGCGUACUGGGUUCACCAUCCGGCCCGUGGCGGGCUACCUCUCACCCCGAGACUUCCUGGCCGGUCUGGCGUUUCGGGUUUUCCACUGCACCCAGUACGUGCGGCACAGCUCCGACCCGCUCUACACCCCUGAGCCGGACACAUGCCAUGAGCUGCUGGGCCACGUGCCUCUCCUGGCAGAGCCCAGCUUUGCCCAGUUCUCCCAGGAGAUGGGCCUGGCGUCUCUGGGCGCCUCUGAUGACUCCGUCCAGAAGCUGGCUGCGUGCUACUUCUUCACAGUGGAGUUUGGCCUGUGCAAACAGGACGGAACAUUGAAAGCCUACGGAGCAGGAUUGCUAUCGUCCAUCAGUGAGCUGAAGCACGCCCUAUCUGGGAAUGCCACGGUCAUGCCCUUUGACCCCAGGAUCGCAUGCAGGCAGGAAUGCAUCAUCACCACCUUCCAGGAUGUCUACUUCGUGUCGGACAGCUUCGAGGACGCCAAGGUCAAGAUGAGGGAGUUUGCUAAGAGCAUCAAGCGGCCCUUCACGGUGCGAUACAACCCUUACACCAGGAGCGUGGACAUCCUGAAGGACACUUCCAGCAUCAUCGACGUGGUGGAGGAGCUCAAAUACGAGCUGGACACUGUGGCUGAUGCACUUCGUCGGCUGAAUAAACAGGGCGUCUGACUUCCUGACUAACCACCCCAGUUUCCUACAAUACCCAGGUGUCCGAGCGACAGAAUAUACAAAUCCCAGGUGCCCGAGUUGCAGAGUACUACAAAAUCCAGAUCUUCUAUUGGUUGAUAACUGGCGGCACCUAUGUGUCCAAUGACGGAGAGCUACAAAACCGAAGCGUCGUAGUGGCAUGGAUUACUAAUAAUAAUGAUAAUGGAUUACAUUUCUAUAGUGCUUCUCUCACUCAAAGAGCUUUACAGUGAUGAGGGGGGAACUCAGCGUUAUGCGUAGCAGCCACCUGAGUAACUCAUGCUAGUCGAGGUGGGGGGAAGAUAUCGAUACAGUAUAGUAUUGCAAUACUUUUUUCCUGCAAUACAGUAUCAAUACAGUGGCGCCAAGUAUCAAUAUUUAAUCUAAAUAUAUGCACAUUUUGUAAUGCUUGUUAUUUUUUUAUGUUAUGAUUUUAAUGCAUGACGUAGAGGUGAAGAACCACCCUCCACGGAAAUCUUUGCAAUCCUGUAACUGCACAUUUCAUAGAUUAUCAUAUUUAUACCAUUUACAAAAAUUAAAACAAGAGAAUUAACUUUUUUAUAAGUUAUUUGCAAGAGAAUUGCUGUUUCCCUGGCAACAUAUGAGAGUCAGACUAAUAUCCGGAAAACAAUCACAAUCACAGCCAUCCCAUAAUCAACAUUAAGUUUACAAUACAAUUGAAACGUUACUUCACAGUUAAUAGCCCAAACCGUAGAUACUAACUAGCAACCAGACACUCAUUCUAGUCCCUCUAGUUCUUCACAAGUGGCAAGCCAGCGCUUGGCUUGCUAGGCUUGCUGUCACUUGCGUAACUUAGUAUUAAAAUUAAAUUUGAUCUUGUCAGUUGGUCAAUAUUGUCUCACGUUUAUGUUUUCCAGCGUGGAUAGCUAGCUAGCCAUCUACUCCAUUGACUCCAAAACCGCAGCUAUACGGUUGUAGCAAAACGAUCUUCAUUCAGUUGAGCACCUAUGUGAUGACACUACACUUGUACAAAUAUGGCACGUGUUUACACUAAACUGCUUAGCCAGCUCAGUGUUGAUGUAGCUAAGAUACUCAGUGUAAAACAAGUGUUAUUACAUGUUACGCAUGUGCUGUCUGAAACUGCAGAUUGUCUACAACUGCUGCUCGUUUAGGACUGCUGACAUUGUGGCGCUGCAAUUGCAAUUGAGUGAUUAUUUCUGUUGCUUAUUAUCAUUUUUUCCCAAAAUGUAUUUAUUGAAAUUAAUCAACACUGCUGAAGGGACCCUAUGUUCCAGAACUUUUUAUUUUCUUACAGGCUGCUAUGUGUUCUCUGUGUUCAUUUGCAAAGUAAAUGUUUUUAGUGAAAUGAAUUGAUGCAAGGGUAUUUAUUAUGAGGUGUAAUGGGUUUUGGCAUAUUUUUCCACCUUAGAUGUAUCAUUUCAACAUUUUACUCCAGUCAAAUCAGAAACUAAUAAAUAUCACAAUAAUAUUAUAUUGUGAAGUCCCUGGUGAAUCCCACCACCACAUGGCAGCCAUUUUGCAGAGGAAUGCUCACUAUACAUUAGCUGAUGUGGAGAGCGAGAGAACAAUUUUAGCCAAAUAAAUUAGGGGAUGAUUAGGUGGCAGGUUGAGAGAGCCUGGUUGAGAAUUUUGCUUGGACACCAGGGAACACCCUACUUUUUGUGAUAAGCGUCAUGGGAUCUUUAAUGACCACAGUGAGUCAGUUUAACAUCUCAUCCAAAAGACAGCGCCUCCCACAGCAUAGUGUCCUCAUCACUGCAUUGGGGCUUGUAUUGUUUAAGGACAUUAGAGUAUAUUAUGAUGAGCACAGGCCGUUCAGUCUAUGUAUGCUCAUUAUUAUCCAUGUGAUCUGACCACACCAACUUGACCCACUGCUUCUUCAGGUUUUAACAACCGUGAGAGCACACCUUUACACUGACACCUACCAAACUCAGGAAGCAGUGUAAUUCAACAGUGAGCAGUGUGAUGCUACAGUAUUAUUGUACACCAAGCCAUUAAAAAAAAUUGUAGGGCAGUUCACAGAAAUCUGCCUCUUGUCAGACCCCAAAAGAAAACAGACAGUUUAUUGUGCUGACAGGGAGUCAGCAAGUGUGAUUAAGAGACAGUGCUUAGUUGCAAAACAUCCAAUUGGAUCAGCAUUAUGUAAAACUUAGAUUCUCCAGAAUACAGAGUAAUCAUGUUUUGUAUUGUUGGAAAGACGAUGUCAUGUGGAAAAUGUUGGUGCCUCAGCCACAAAGGUUAACACGGUGUCAUAUGCUUACAUAGAUGGCAAAAUGUUGUCCACUGUUGUCAUGAUUGCGCCUUUAUUUGAUGACCUUGGAUUUUUGCUUGUAUAUAAGGAGAGAAGUGCAGCGGUUCUGGGAGACUUGGUCUCCUACGCAUCACAUGCAUAUAGCCAUUUCACCACUCACAUUUUUCACCAUUGUGUAUUGUCAUUAUUACUGAACACACUGAACAAUAAACUGCGCUCAUUUUAA